UCUCCUUACUGCUCUCAUCUCUUACUGCUCUCAUCUCUUACUGCUCUCAUCUCUUACUGCUCUCAUCUCUUACUGCUCUCAUCUCUUACUGCUCUCAUCUCUUACUGCUCUCAUCUCUUACUGCUCUCAUCUCUUACUGCUCUCAUCUCUCACUGCUCUCAUCUCUCACUGCUCUCAUCUCUCACUGCUCUCAUCUCUCACUGCUCUCAUCUCUUACUGCUCUCAUCUCUUACUGCUCUCAUCUCUUACUGCUCUCAUCUCUUACUGCUCUCAUCUCUUACUGCUCUCAUCUCUUACUGCUCUCAUCUCUUACUGCUCUCAUCUCUUACUGCUCUCAUCUCUUACUGCUCUCAUCUCUUACUGCUCUCAUCUCUUACUGCUCUCAUCUCUUACUGCUCUCAUCUCUUACUGCUCUCAUCUCUUACUGCUCUCAUCUCUUACUGCUCUCAUCUCUUACUGCUCUCAUCUCUUACUGCUCUCAUCUCUUACUGCUCUCAUCUCUUACUGCUCUCAUCUCUCACUGCUCUCAUCUCUUACUGCUCUCAUCUCUUACUGCUCUCAUCUCUUACUGCUCUCAUCUCUCACUGCUCUCAUCUCUCACUGCUCUCAUCUCUUACUGCUCUCAUCUCUUACUGCUCUCAUCUCUCACUGCUCUCAUCUCUUACUGCUCUCAUCUCUUACUGCUCUCAUCUCUUACUGCUCUCAUCUCUUACUGCUCUCAUCUCUUACUGCUCUCAUCUCUUACUGCUCUCAUCUCUUACUGCUCUCAUCUCUUACUGCUCUCAUCUCUUACUGCUCUCAUCUCUUACUGCUCUCAUCUCUUACUGCUCUCAUCUCUUACUGCUCUCAUCUCUUACUGCUCUCAUCUCUACUGCUCUCAUCUCUCACUGCUCUCAUCUCUCACUGCUCUCAUCUCUACUGCUCUCAUCUCUUACUGCUCUCAUCUCUUACUGCUCUCAUCUCUUACUGCUCUCAUCUCUUACUGCUCUCAUCUCUUACUGCUCUCAUCUCUUACUGCUCUCAUCUCUUACUGCUCUCAUCUCUUACUGCUCUCAUCUCUUACUGCUCUCAUCUCUUACUGCUCUCAUCUCUUACUGCUCUCAUCUCUUACUGCUCUCAUCUCUUACUGCUCUCAUCUCUUACUGCUCUCAUCUCUUACUGCUCUCAUCUCUUACUGCUCUCAUCUCUUACUGCUCUCAUCUCUUACUGCUCUCAUCUCUUACUGCUCUCAUCUCUUACUGCUCUCAUCUCUUACUGCUCUCAUCUCUCACUGCUCUCAUCUCUUACUGCUCUCAUCUCUUACUGCUCUCAUCUCUUACUGCUCUCAUCUCUGACUGCUCUCAUCUCUCACUGCUCUCAUCUCUUACUGCUCUCAUCUCUUACUGCUCUCAUCUCUCACUGCUCUCAUCUCUUACUGCUCUCAUCUCUUACUGCUCUCAUCUCUUACUGCUCUCAUCUCUUACUGCUCUCAUCUCUUACUGCUCUCAUCUCUUACUGCUCUCAUCUCUUACUGCUCUCAUCUCUUACUGCUCUCAUCUCUUACUGCUCUCAUCUCUUACUGCUCUCAUCUCUUACUGCUCUCAUCUCUUACUGCUCUCAUCUCUUACUGCUCUCAUCUCUCACUGCUCUCAUCUCUCACUGCUCUCAUCUCUCACUGCUCUCAUCUCUUACUGCUCUCAUCUCUUACUGCUCUCAUCUCUUACUGCUCUCAUCUCUUACUGCUCUCAUCUCUUACUGCUCUCAUCUCUUACUGCUCUCAUCUCUUACUGCUCUCAUCUCUUACUGCUCUCAUCUCUUACUGCUCUCAUCUCUUACUGCUCUCAUCUCUUACUGCUCUCAUCUCUUACUGCUCUCAUCUCUUACUGCUCUCAUCCCUUACUGCUCUCAUCUCUUACUGCUCUCAUCUCUCACUGCUCUCAUCUCUCACUGCUCUCAUCUCUUUCUGCUCUCAUCUCUUACUGCUCUCAUCUCUCACUGCUCUCAUCUCUUACUGCUCUCAUCUCUUACUGCUCUCAUCUCUUACUGCUCUCAUCUCUUACUGCUCUCAUCUCUUACUGCUCUCAUCUCUUACUGCUCUCAUCUCUCACUGCUCUCAUCUCUUACUGCUCUCAUCUCUUACUGCUCUCAUCUCUGACUGCUCUCAUCUCUGACUGCUCUCAUCUCUCACUGCUCUCAUCUCUUACUGCUCUCAUCUCUCACUGCUCUCAUCUCUCACUGCUCUCAUCUCUUACUGCUCUCAUCUCUUACUGCUCUCAUCUCUUACUGCUCUCAUCUCUUACUGCUCUCAUCUCUUACUGCUCUCAUCUCUUACUGCUCUCAUCUCUUACUGCUCUCAUCUCUUACUGCUCUCAUCUCUUACUGCUCUCAUCUCUUACUGCUCUCAUCUCUCACUGCUCUCAUCUCUCACUGCUCUCAUCUCUCACUGCUCUCAUCUCUUACUGCUCUCAUCUCUUACUGCUCUCAUCUCUUACUGCUCUCAUCUCUUACUGCUCUCAUCUCUUACUGCUCUCAUCUCUUACUGCUCUCAUCUCUUACUGCUCUCAUCUCUUACUGCUCUCAUCUCUUACUGCUCUCAUCUCUUACUGCUCUCAUCUCUUACUGCUCUCAUCUCUUACUGCUCUCAUCUCUUACUGCUCUCAUCUCUUACUGCUCUCAUCCCUUACUGCUCUCAUCUCUUACUGCUCUCAUCUCUCACUGCUCUCAUCUCUCACUGCUCUCAUCUCUUUCUGCUCUCAUCUCUUACUGCUCUCAUCUCUCACUGCUCUCAUCUCUUACUGCUCUCAUCUCUUACUGCUCUCAUCUCUUACUGCUCUCAUCUCUUACUGCUCUCAUCUCUUACUGCUCUCAUCUCUUACUGCUCUCAUCUCUUACUGCUCUCAUCUCUUACUGCUCUCAUCUCUUACUGCUCUCAUCUCUUACUGCUCUCAUCUCUCACUGCUCUCAUCUCUCACUGCUCUCAUCUCUUUCUGCUCUCAUCUCUUACUGCUCUCAUCUCUUACUGCUCUCAUCUCUCACUGCUCUCAUCUCUUACUGCUCUCAUCUCUUACUGCUCUCAUCUCUUACUGCUCUCAUCUCUUACUGCUCUCAUCUCUCACUGCUCUCAUCUCUUACUGCUCUCAUCUCUUACUGCUCUCAUCUCUCACUGCUCUCAUCUCUUACUGCUCUCAUCUCUUACUGCUCUCAUCUCUUACUGCUCUCAUCUCUUACUGCUCUCAUCUCUUACUGCUCUCAUCUCUUACUGCUCUCAUCUCUUACUGCUCUCAUCUCUUACUGCUCUCAUCUCUUACUGCUCUCAUCUCUUACUGCUCUCAUCACUUACUGCUCUCAUCUCUUACUGCUCUCAUCUCUUACUGCUCUCAUCUCUUACUGCUCUCAUCUCUUACUGCUCUCAUCUCUUACUGCUCUCAUCUCUUACUGCUCUCAUCUCUUACUGCUCUCAUCUCUUACUGCUCUCAUCUCUUACUGCUCUCAUCUCUUACUGCUCUCAUCUCUUACUGCUCUCAUCUCUUACUGCUCUCAUCUCUUACUGCUCUCAUCUCUUACUGCUCUCAUCUCUUACUGCUCUCAUCUCUUACUGCUCUCAUCUCUUACUGCUCUCAUCUCUUACUGCUCUCAUCUCUUACUGCUCUCAUCUCUUACUGCUCUCAUCUCUCACUGCUCUCAUCUCUCACUGCUCUCAUCUCUUACUGCUCUCAUCUCUUACUGCUCUCAUCUCUUACUGCUCUCAUCUCUUACUGCUCUCAUCUCUUACUGCUCUCAUCUCUUACUGCUCUCAUCUCUUACUGCUCUCAUCUCUUACUGCUCUCAUCUCUUACUGCUCUCAUCUCUUACUGCUCUCAUCUCUUACUGCUCUCAUCUCUUACUGCUCUCAUCUCUUACUGCUCUCAUCUCUUACUGCUCUCAUCUCUUACUGCUCUCAUCUCUCACUGCUCUCAUCUCUUACUGCUCUCAUCUCUUACUGCUCUCAUCUCUUACUGCUCUCAUCUCUUACUGCUCUCAUCUCUUACUGCUCUCAUCUCUUACUGCUCUCAUCUCUUACUGCUCUCAUCUCUUACUGCUCUCAUCUCUUACUGCUCUCAUCUCUUACUGCUCUCAUCUCUCACUGCUCUCAUCUCUCACUGCUCUCAUCUCUUACUGCUCUCAUCUCUUACUGCUCUCAUCUCUCACUGCUCUCAUCUCUUACUGCUCUCAUCUCUUCUGCUCUCAUCUCUUACUGCUCUCAUCUCUUACUGCUCUCAUCUCUUACUGCUCUCAUCUCUUACUGCUCUCAUCUCUUACUGCUCUCAUCUCUUACUGCUCUCAUCUCUUACUGCUCUCAUCUCUUACUGCUCUCAUCUCUUACUGCUCUCAUCUCUUACUGCUCUCAUCUCUUACUGCUCUCAUCUCUUACUGCUCUCAUCUCUUACUGCUCUCAUCUCUUACUGCUCUCAUCUCUUACUGCUCUCAUCUCUUACUGCUCUCAUCUCUUACUGCUCUCAUCUCUUACUGCUCUCAUCUCUUACUGCUCUCAUCUCUUACUGCUCUCAUCUCUUACUGCUCUCAUCUCUUACUGCUCUCAUCUCUUACUGCUCUCAUCUCUUACUGCUCUCAUCUCUCACUGCUCUCAUCUCUUACUGCUCUCAUCUCUUACUGCUCUCAUCUCUUACUGCUCUCAUCUCUCACUGCUCUCAUCUCUUACUGCUCUCAUCUCUUACUGCUCUCAUCUCUUACUGCUCUCAUCUCUUACUGCUCUCAUCUCUUACUGCUCUCAUCUCUUACUGCUCUCAUCUCUUACUGCUCUCAUCUCUUACUGCUCUCAUCUCUUACUGCUCUCAUCUCUUACUGCUCUCAUCUCUCACUGCUCUCAUCUCUCACUGCUCUCAUCUCUUACUGCUCUCAUCUCUUACUGCUCUCAUCUCUUACUGCUCUCAUCUCUUACUGCUCUCAUCUCUUACUGCUCUCAUCUCUUACUGCUCUCAUCUCUUACUGCUCUCAUCUCUUACUGCUCUCAUCUCUUACUGCUCUCAUCUCUUACUGCUCUCAUCUCUUACUGCUCUCAUCUCUUACUGCUCUCAUCUCUUACUGCUCUCGUCUCUUACUGCUCUCGUCUCUUACUGCUCUCGUCUCUUACUGCUCUCAUCUCUUACUGCUCUCAUCUCUUACUGCUCUCAUCUCUUACUGCUCUCAUCUCUUACUGCUCUCAUCUCUUACUGCUCUCAUCUCUUACUGCUCUCAUCUCUUACUGCUCUCAUCUCUUACUUCUCUCAUCUCUUACUGCUCUCUCUCUUACUGCUCUCAUCUCUUACUGCUCUCAUCUCUUACUGCUCUCAUCUCUUACUGCUCUCAUCUCUUACUGCUCUCAUCUCUUACUGCUCUCAUCUCUUACUGCUCUCAUCUCUUACUGCUCUCAUCUCUUACUGCUCUCAUCUCUCACUGCUCUCAUCUCUUACUGCUCUCAUCUCUUACUGCUCUCAUCUCUUACUGCUCUCAUCUCUGACUGCUCUCAUCUCUACUGCUCUCAUCUCUACUGCUCUCAUCUCUUACUGCUCUCAUCUCUUACUGCUCUCAUCUCUUACUGCUCUCAUCUCUUACUGCUCUCAUCUCUUACUGCUCUCAUCUCUUACUGCUCUCAUCUCUUACUGCUCUCAUCUCUUACUGCUCUCAUCUCUUACUGCUCUCAUCUCUUACUGCUCUCAUCUCUUACUGCUCUCAUCUCUUACUGCUCUCAUCUCUUACUGCUCUCAUCUCUUACUGCUCUCAUCUCUUACUGCUCUCAUCUCUUACUGCUCUCAUCUCUCACUGCUCUCAUCUCUCACUGCUCUCAUCUCUCACUGCUCUCAUCUCUUACUGCUCUCAUCUCUUACUGCUCUCAUCUCUUACUGCUCUCAUCUCUUACUGCUCUCAUCUCUUACUGCUCUCAUCUCUUACUGCUCUCAUCUCUUACUGCUCUCAUCUCUUACUGCUCUCAUCUCUUACUGCUCUCAUCUCUUACUGCUCUCAUCUCUUACUGCUCUCAUCUCUUACUGCUCUCAUCUCUUACUGCUCUCAUCUCUUACUGCUCUCAUCUCUUACUGCUCUCAUCUCUUACUGCUCUCAUCUCUUACUGCUCUCAUCUCUUACUGCUCUCAUCUCUCACUGCUCUCAUCUCUCACUGCUCUCAUCUCUUACUGCUCUCAUCUCUUACUGCUCUCAUCUCUCACUGCUCUCAUCUCUUACUGCUCUCAUCUCUUACUGCUCUCAUCUCUUACUGCUCUCAUCUCUUACUGCUCUCAUCUCUUACUGCUCUCAUCUCUUACUGCUCUCAUCUCUUACUGCUCUCAUCUCUUACUGCUCUCAUCUCUUACUGCUCUCAUCUCUUACUGCUCUCAUCUCUUACUGCUCUCAUCUCUUACUGCUCUCAUCUCUCACUGCUCUCAUCUCUCACUGCUCUCAUCUCUUACUGCUCUCAUCUCUUACUGCUCUCAUCUCUUACUGCUCUCAUCUCUUACUGCUCUCAUCUCUUACUGCUCUCAUCUCUUACUGCUCUCAUCUCUUACUGCUCUCAUCUCUUACUGCUCUCAUCUCUUACUGCUCUCAUCUCUUACUGCUCUCAUCUCUUACUGCUCUCAUCUCUUACUGCUCUCAUCUCUUACUGCUCUCAUCUCUUACUGCUCUCAUCUCUCACUGCUCUCAUCUCUCACUGCUCUCAUCUCUUACUGCUCUCAUCUCUUACUGCUCUCAUCUCUUACUGCUCUCAUCUCUUACUGCUCUCAUCUCUUACUGCUCUCAUCUCUUACUGCUCUCAUCUCUUACUGCUCUCAUCUCUUACUGCUCUCAUCUCUUACUGCUCUCAUCUCUUACUGCUCUCAUCUCUUACUGCUCUCAUCUCUUAGUGCUCUCAUCUCUUACUGCUCUCAUCUCUUACUGCUCUCAUCUCUUACUGCUCUCAUCUCUUACUGCUCUCAUCUCUUACUGCUCUCAUCUCUUACUGCUCUCAUCUCUUACUGCUCUCAUCUCUUACUGCUCUCAUCUCUUACUGCUCUCAUCUCUUACUGCUCUCAUCUCUUACUGCUCUCAUCUCUUACUGCUCUCAUCUCUUACUGCUCUCAUCUCUCACUGCUCUCAUCUCUUACUGCUCUCAUCUCUUACUGCUCUCAUCUCUCACUGCUCUCAUCUCUCACUGCUCUCAUCUCUUACUGCUCUCAUCUCUUACUGCUCUCAUCUCUUACUGCUCUCAUCUCUUACUGCUCUCAUCUCUUACUGCUCUCAUCUCUUACUGCUCUCAUCUCUUACUGCUCUCAUCUCUUACUGCUCUCAUCUCUUACUGCUCUCAUCUCUUACUGCUCUCAUCUCUUACUGCUCUCAUCUCUUACUGCUCUCAUCUCUUACUGCUCUCAUCUCUUACUGCUCUCAUCUCUUACUGCUCUCAUCUCUUACUGCUCUCAUCUCUUACUGCUCUCAUCUCUUACUGCUCUCAUCUCUUACUGCUCUCAUCUCUUACUGCUCUCAUCUCUUACUGCUCUCAUCUCUUACUGCUCUCAUCUCUUACUGCUCUCAUCUCUUACUGCUCUCAUCUCUUACUGCUCUCAUCUCUUACUGCUCUCAUCUCUUACUGCUCUCAUCUCUUACUGCUCUCAUCUCUCACUGCUCUCAUCUCUCACUGCUCUCAUCUCUUACUGCUCUCAUCUCUUACUGCUCUCAUCUCUUACUGCUCUCAUCUCUUACUGCUCUCAUCUCUUACUGCUCUCAUCUCUUACUGCUCUCAUCUCUUACUGCUCUCAUCUCUUACUGCUCUCAUCUCUUACUGCUCUCAUCUCUUACUGCUCUCAUCUCUUACUGCUCUCAUCUCUUACUGCUCUCAUCUCUUACUGCUCUCAUCUCUUACUGCUCUCAUCUCUUACUGCUCUCAUCUCUUACUGCUCUCAUCUCUUACUGCUCUCAUCUCUUACUGCUCUCAUCUCUUACUGCUCUCAUCUCUUACUGCUCUCAUCUCUUACUGCUCUCAUCUCUUACUGCUCUCAUCUCUUACUGCUCUCAUCUCUUACUGCUCUCAUCUCUUACUGCUCUCAUCUCUCACUGCUCCCAUCUCUCACUGCUCUCAUCUCUUACUGCUCUCAUCUCUUACUGCUCUCAUCUCUUACUGCUCUCAUCUCUUACUGCUCUCAUCUCUUACUGCUCUCAUCUCUUACUGCUCUCAUCUCUUACUGCUCUCAUCUCUUACUGCUCUCAUCUCUUACUGCUCUCAUCUCUUACUGCUCUCAUCUCUUACUGCUCUCAUCUCUUACUGCUCUCAUCUCUUACUGCUCUCAUCUCUUACUGCUCUCAUCUCUUACUGCUCUCAUCUCUUACUGCUCUCAUCUCUCACUGCUCUCAUCUCUUACUGCUCUCAUCUCUUACUGCUCUCAUCUCUCACUGCUCUCAUCUCCUCGUGUUGCCUUGCCGACGGUGCUACCCCCGCGAGCCAAGCGUCUCUUCCCUCCUCGUGUUGCCUUGCCCACGGUGCUACCCCCGCGAGCCAAGCGUCUCUUCCCUCUGCUGCUCGCUGCUCUGGUCGCUUACUGCCCCUCUCUCUCUCGUCCCUGCAUUCCCCUUACCCUCCCAGUGCUACCCCAGGGAGCCGGUUGCCUCGUUGAGAGAGAGGGCAAGGGAGCUGGGCAACAAGCGUCGCUUCCCUCUGCUGCUCACGCAGGCCGGGUUGGACCGGCUGGUGUUCCCCGGCGCUCUCCUCAUGCGCGCCCCCACCAACCUACGACAACUGGCAGCCAAGUGAUGAGGGGAAUGCUUUCUGGUUCAGGAGUGCUGCUUUCCUCUGCUGCUCACUCAAGCGGGGUUGGACCGGCUGGUGUUCCCCGGCACUCUGCUCAUGCGCGCCCCCACCAACCUCAGGCAACUCGCUGCCAAGUGAGUGGACUUGUCACUAUGGGCUUUAAGGCACGUGCUGCUCACUCAGGCCGGGUUGGACCGGCUGGUGUCCCCCGGCGCUCUGCUCUUGCACGCCCCCUCCAACCUCAUUGCCUUUUGAGUCGACUCAAAAGUCACCGGCUGGUGUUCCCCGGCGCUCUGCUCAUGGGCGCCCACUCCAACCUCAUUGCCCUCCCUGGCAUCUACAAUCGACUGUUUCCACAUCCGUGGUUGCUUCGGAGCGUUUUCACUUCGCUCAUUGCCUCGGCCUACCUGACAAGAGGCAUGCCGGAGGUGUAUCGGCUGCUGUUUGAGGUGUUCGGUUUGGACCCCGAUCAUCCUGACAUGCUCCCCAAGAUCGAGCGAGUGCGUGACGAGGAUUUCCUGCACGCUGACCUGGACGGCGACCCGCUGACGUGGCGCGACGUGGCGUGCUACCAGGUGUGUGUGUGUCUCCACCAAUCCCCCUCUUCCCCAACCUCCCUCUUCCCCAACCUCCGUCUCAUCCAUACCUGCGUGUCGCCUGGAAUCUCCCCACCAGACUCCCUCUUCCCCAACCCUCGUCUCUUCCACGCGUGCGUGCCGCCCGGAAUGUCCCGGUUCCGCGGCUCUGAUUGGAUGCACCGAUCCCUGGAGGCGGCCCUGAGGGCGCUGGCGUGGCCGAGACCAGCCGAGGCAGGAAUGAGCUUGGAGGCGAAGCAGCGACGCAAUGAAGACAUGGUGAUGGCUCUGCAGCUGUGCUUCCUGCACCCGUCUCUGUACCACGCGGAGCACCCCCGCUUCUGCUACAGCCUUCAUGCCAGGACUGACCAUUCCACCCCUCGUGCUCCCCCUUUUCCCUGCGCCACAAACACCGCAUCACACCACCCCGCCUCUCCAGCUGUGCUUCCUGCACCCCUCCCUGUACCGAGCAGAGCACCCCCGCUUCUGCUACGACCGGCUUGA